CAACUCAGUGUAAUUUAGCAACGCAUGUCUAUAAAUAGUGACAGGGAAUUCACAUCGAAGCCUAGUAUUUGUACAUAUUGACAUUGGUAGUCAGGUCAUUCUAGACGCCGGAGUCGAGCCACAAACAUGAACGAGGGGUUGAAUAAAGCACUGUGUGGAAUGACCACUGUCCUGGACGAAAAUUUAGCCGAAGUAGCGGUGGAGGACCUGGUAAAAGACACGGACUGUAUAGGUCUUUACUUCUCCGCCCACUGGUGUCCCCCUUGCCGAGGAUUUACACCUGUCUUAGCGGAUUUCUACAAAACUCUGAAGGCAAAGGGAGGAAGCAUUGAAGUUAUCUUCAUUAGCUCCGAUCGGGACGAGGCCAGCUUCAAAGAAUACUUUGGUACCAUGCCCUGGCAUGCCCUCAAAUUUGGCCAACCCGAAAAGCAAACCUUGGGAGAGCUAUACGGCGUUAGGGGGAUUCCCUCACUGAUAAUCCUAGACAAGAACGGAGCCGUAAAAGACAGCAAUGGAAGAGGCACUGUUCAGGCAAAUCCUUCAGCCGACAGCGUUCCGUCCUCCUGGAAGUAGAGCACUUCUUUUAUGUAUUGGGGAACAUUUAUUAACGUCUGCAAUUCCUUAUAAUUCUUUAUUUAUUUGUGCAACAUUACUGACAUAUGAACAGGGUUCAACCACGCGUAUACUCAGUUAACACGUGUAUUUCAUUGAAUUCUUAUCUUUAUAUACAUGUAUUUGACUAGAUUAAAUGGAAUGAAAAAGGCUUC